AUGUCGGACGUUGUACCACCCGUUAUACUACAGCUCAAUAAGCCAUUAAGCUUGAUACCAGUAGGCUUAAAGGAAGCAGCCCUCGAUUCGCCCACCUUUCGCGCGACAGCAGUUCAUUUUUCUGAUCAAGUAGAGAUACUUGAGAAAUGGCUCGAUGCCUACGUCAAAUCCAUUUCCAAACUUGUUCACGAUGUUUGGUCAAUGGAAGAAUCAUUCAAUACCUUCCUCCUUCGAUCGACCCCUCCUGCGAACGUUUCCGAAGCCGUCCUCGACCAUGAUUAUACUUUGUUGGCAAUGAGGAGAUUUGGGGAAGGUUCAAAAGAAUGGUGGUCGCAGAUUAUGGCAGGUACCAAAAAAAUCGAUACGAACAUAUGCGAGCCCAUCAAAGCCUUUAUGGCUUCUGAGCUACGGAAUUUCAAAGACGCUCGACGAUAUUUAGAGCAAUCGCAGAAGACAUUUGAUUCUACACUGGCGAGAUAUGUAGCUCAAUCGAAAACUAAAGAGCCUUCAGCGCUGCGAGAAGAUGCUUUCCAAGUACACGAAACCAGAAAGGCAUACCUAAAAGCAUCUUUGGACUUUUGUUUGCUUGCACCCCAGCUACGAUAUACAAUUGAUAAAUUACUUGUAAGAGUAUCAACGGACCAAUGGAGGGAGAUGAAGAGGUCGAGAGAGGUCUCCUCGAAUAUUUUUGCCAAAUGGGGUGGUGAAAUGGAUCGUGUGCGAGGAUGGAGUAAGGAAAUGGAAGCUGGUGAAUCGACUUUCCGCCGUGAAUUGCAGCUGGCUAGAAGAGAUAUUGCGGAAACUGCAUCUCAGGCUUCAAAACCAUCCAGAGAAUUAGAGGACUAUAACCUUUCCACGGUGGCAUAUCUUGGCUCGAGAGGUCCUUCGACUGUCAAUAUUCAACCACAAAGCAAGCAUACUGAACGAUCCGAAAAACAAGACUGGUUAUUCCUACGGACUAUAUCUGGCAAGCCCGCAAGAACUUUGUGGGUUCGCCGUUGGUUUUAUGUCAAAGAUGGUAUCUUUGGUUGGUUGGUUCAAGGCAUACAAUCUGGAGGAGUAGAGGAAAGUGAGAAGAUUGGCGUACUUCUCUGCAAUGUGAAACCGGCUGUUCAGGAAGAUCGUCGAUUUUGCUUUGAAGUCAAAACCAAGAACCAGACUAUUUUGGUACAAGCAGAGACCCAGUCUAUCCUUAUGGAAUGGCUCGAAGCAUUUGAACUUGCAAAGAACAAAGCCCUCGAAGCUAGUGCGAACCCCAGAACGCAACGAGCUGGAGGAAUCGAUCCCGCAUUUGCUAUCACUCCACCUUCUAUUCCAGAAUUCGCCGCUAAGAAUGCGGACGGUCAAAUUUUAUAUGGCAGUGAAGAUACGCUUGACAGGUCCGGCACGUUACCUAUUCCGGGCGUAGAGUAUGCGGGAAGGAACAGUUCUGAUAUAAUCACUAGUCCUCGUCGUUCUGUCACUUCGAGAGAAGAGGGUGAGACUGGUCGAGAGCAUGCCGCUAGGAUUAUGCAAAAAUUGGAUUUGCAUAGGAAAACGACAAGCAUGCAAUUGAAUGAAUUUCCAAGUGCAUCGCAAUCUGCUGCAGGUGGAAUCGCCAGCUUGAUAUCAGCAAGUCAUACUAUUCUUCCAAUUUCUGCGCCUUCAGGUUCUACGACUGCAACCAAUCCUCUUCCAAAUCCACAAAUCAUAUUACAGUCACCAACUCAAGAUUAUACUCCAAGUACUUUGGCGCCGGCAACACUUAUAAAUCCGCCUGCUCCUACGAAUUUGAGCAAAUCGGCAGUAAUUGUUAGUGGAGAGCGUGGGAUGGGUAUUGGUCAGAGUGAUGCCAGCGGGGGAAUGCCCAGUGGCAUUAUGGCCAAUUUGUGGGGCAGUAGCAAUUGGGGAUAUAUUAAUCGUCUUGAAAAAGGAGAGAUUCAAAGUCCGAGUUUAGGAUCUCGCUCUGUACCUGGGAGUCCACGCAUAAAGCCAUUGGAGCCAUCUCCCAAGAUAGGUACGGACGAGAAUUUGAAGCCCGAUGUUGGACUUGGACAGGCAAAGAAUCCCAUUAGUCCAUCAACUGAUUUUAUAGCAACACCAGUUCCCUCAUUCACGAUGCAUCGAAAAGCUGCCAGUGCCAGUGCCAGUAUCGACAUAGAAGUUCCGCGUGUAGCGAAUCAAUCUGCUUUUAAGCCAGAGAUUUUCCCCAGCAACUACCCGAUCGAGCUAAAGACUCAAGAAGCACAAUUCCGAAUGCUGUUUCCGAAUGUUCCGCGAGAGGAUAAGGUCAUACUUGUUUUCCGUGCAACUUGGAAUCCAAAUGAGCAACACGAUUUUCCUGGAAGAGUUUAUGUUACCGGGAAAGAUAUAUACUUCUACAGCCAUCAUUUAGGGCUUGUUUUGAUAACUGGUGUUAAGCUAUCUAGUAUCAGCGAAGUUACAGCUGCUCCGGGCAAGGAUUGUGACUUCUUGUUCCUUCAUCUCCUCGAUACUACACCCGAGACAGGAUAUACAAGGAUCACCAUCAAAACCUUCCUGGAGCCUCUUCGAUUGCUACAAUCGAGGUUAAACUUCUUGGUCGAUAUAAACCAAGCUGAAAAUCCAAUGAGCCUGGAAGAUAUUAUGACAGCAUUAAUCAAAAUGGAGCACGAAGACCCUACUAGAAGUCCUAGCAUGGAAAGUUGGGAGGAUGUUGAUGUUAAUACCCCGGUCGAUGAUGGAACAAUCUCAGGCCGCACCCACAGUCGCAAAGAUCGUGACCUCAGAAUUUCAUUGCAUGUUGAACGUGGGCUGAAUUUCAAUAGAAAGGGGAAGGAAGUGACUAAAUUCCAACUUCCUUCUCAGCCUGUCAUCUACGAACCACCCGACAUGCAACGGAAGACAGUUGAGCGAGAAUUUGACAUUAGUCCCAAGGCACUCUUCCACCUUAUGUUUGGCGACAAGAGCGCCGUGUUUCAAUUACUCUACCAUGAACGAAGGGCACAAAAAAUUGCUCAAGGUCCCUGGGUUCAUCUUGACGGAGACCACAUGCGUCGAGACUUUGAAUUCCAGAUUGACUAUGUCGAUUCCUGGCGUAAAUCUCGACAAGCAAACAUUAUUGAUUAUCAAGUUAUCGACAUCAUGAAUGAUCAUGUAUGUUAUGUUGUUACGGAUUCCAAGACCCCUUGGCAUCUACCACAUUUUCAAGACUUCAUGCUCGUCUCGAAGAUCGUUAUUACCCAUGUCGCCAAAUCCAAGUGCAAGCUGGCAAUUUAUACAAAGGUUGAAUGGUCCAAGUCUCCUAAAAUCGGAAAAGGUCUUGUUGAGAGGCAGGCGUUGGAUGAUUGUGCAAUGGAUGCUGAAGAUCUGGCCGAUGUUAUAGCUGAUCAAGUUCGAAAAUUGGGACCUAAUAGCAGGACGAAAAAGGCCAUUCAUAUUUACGGACAUGUGGGUCACCAGACAACAGUUUCACUCUUCUCGGCCAACGACGCAAGUAAGUCCAAACGACCACAGAUCAAGCAGCGUACACUCACAAACAUGUUGUUUGAGACACUAAGCUCGUUUGGUGAAAGUGUUAUAUCUUCAGUGAUGAUGUGGACUUUUGCAGUAUUUCGGUCUAUAUGGAAGAUAUCCAGUGCUCACACGAUUAUCUUGAUUGCAUUGUUGUUAAGUGUCUUGGCAAACGCAUUCCUUACUGGCCGCGAUACAUCAGAAUGGUGGACUGAGCGGAAUGCAGCAAAAUUCAUGAGUAGAAUGGGAGUUGGACCAAAUCCAAGCAUGAGCAAAGCAAUUUAUUUGAAAGAUCUUGACGAGGCUGUGAAUAGUCUAUCGACAGAUGUCCUAGGUCGGUAUCAGAGCAAAUGUUAUACACAAUUCCAGGAAAUUGCGAAUGUUACAGAUGUUAAUGCUCCCUAUGAAUUGGCAGGGACACCUUUCGGCAAGACAUCAACAAAAUCAACUGCUAAAAGACUUCGAAGAACUCGUCAGCAUCUAGGAUCUUACAGACACGACCUAAUAAUUGCUAUGCGAGUGGUCAACAAUAUCGAGAGGAACGUGCUUAAGGCGGAAUGGGAGAAUUGGCUCCUGGACGAGAACAUGCGAUGCAAACAAGCUCAAAUGAUAUUGCGAGAGAAUCGAACAAAUACCCUACCAACUGGCAAAGUCACGGGAGGUUUACGACAAGAAAUUCUCCACGCAGAUGAUAACCUGAACGAACUCAGGAAGUGGCAUCAAGACUAUUGUGGUAGCUGUAAAGCAGAGCAAGAUUUGCUCACACGAGGAGAGGGCCAUGUGGCAUUUGCAUUACCGGCAUCAUACCCUUUGAGCGAGGCGUUGGGUAUAACAUCAUUGGAUUUUGGUAAAUGGACAAAGUCAAUUUUUCGCCCGAAAUUAAUUGCUUUACAUCAAACAGCAAACGAAAUGGCAGCUCUUCAGCAAGCUCUCAAAUCGCUUGGUAUCGUGAGCUACGACGAAACCCCUAUUGAUAAUCUGAAGCCAUUUCUAUCAGAUGCCUUCAAUAAUGGUCAAUUGAUAGUUGACUCGAUCCCCAUAUCCGACAGUGUCGAAACUUCUAGUGGUCGCUCGCGAUCAAAUACCACCUCCUCUAUUGCCUCAUCCGCAUCCGAUAUCUCGAUAUCUGAUGCCAGGCCCCCGCCUCCGCCACACGAUAUCGAAGUUCUGCAGAAGGAAUGGAAACAAGUGAAAUUGAAGCCGGCUGAUAAUCCAUUGGGUAUAAGUGUAUAUUCAUGCAAGGGAAAAGAUGGCAAGGGGACUUGGUUUGCGAGGAGGAGUGUACAUGAGGGAUUGGGAUUUACAAAAUGGAAGAGAGGUUUAGAGAGGGAGUUUCCGGAAACCAUGAAGGUUCAAGGUGGUCCGGGAGAGGGUAACAUUAGAGGUAUUGGUGGAGAGAAGAGAGUGGCGUACAAUACUGUUGCUGGGACCGGGAAGAUGGAAGUAUAUCUACUAUCUGCACAGUUUCCAGGUCCAACAACCCCCAGAGAUUUUGUCACCAUGUUCAUCUCCUCCGAUCAAGCAUUGAAAGAACAAAAUAAUGCAGAAGUACCCCGCCAUUUCAUGGUCAUAUCGAAACCAUGUCAGCAUCCGGAUGCGCCACCACGGGAAGGAUAUAUUAGAGGAUACUACGAAUCUGUUGAAUUUAUUAGAGAAAUACCAACUAAGAAAGCACCUCCAAAGAAAUCAGCAUCAGCAUCAGAUUUUACAAAGGGUUGUUCAAGAGAUAGAUCGGGUUCCAAUUUAGGAAAGGAGGCUGUUUUGAGAAAUGCCCAUCAGAAAUAUGAUUUAUCUACAACAGAGGAAGGAGAUAAUACUUAUGAAAAAGCUUCACGUUCAAAUAGUGACCUUCCUCGAGCCGUAAAAGAGGAAAAUGCCGCAGCGCCAAGUGAGGACGAUGAAUGGGAACAAAAUCCUAUUGAAUGGAUCAUGGUUACAAGAAGUGAUCCUGGUGGAAGUGUACCGCGAUUUAUGAUUGAUCGUGGAACACCAUCAGCAAUCGUUUCCGAUGCAGGCAAAUUCUUGGAUUGGGCAUGUUCAAAAACAAUCGAGGAUUUGGAUAGUGAUGACGAAGAACCUAUUGAGAGAAAUGAAGGUGUAGAUACCGAAAAUCAUGAGCAUCAUCAUCGUCACCAUCACCAUAACCACGAAAAUGAUCUGCAUAAUCUCCAAACAAAUGGACAUCUUGCAGGUAUAAAUAGUCAGACAGAACGAACUUCACCUGUGGCUGUGGGACCGAUAGAUCAGCAAGUAACCACAGCAAUCGCGGCAACCGCGGCACCAGCAGCACACGACGGUGGAUUAUACGAUAUGGUAGCAGGAGCAGUAACCACAGCCGGAGCUUUAAUAGCCCCAUAUGCACCAGCAAUUAUCGCAGACCAUCUGCCUCAUGCCUGUGAAGCAUCCUUGGUUCAAAAAGUCGACCAUCUACCUCUUGCUAGUGAACCUUCUUCAGCUCAAUUCUCCGCCCCCAUAACUCGCUCGCGAUCUAUAUCCGAAGCAUCCAUGACCAGCGAAUCCACCAUCGAUAGUUUUGAAUCCGCCCUUUCUUUCAGAAAAGCAUCAUCACAAGAUUCUGCGGCCGUUCAAAAAAUAACUCUUCAUCAAGAUAAAGAGUUACAAAAACUAGAAGACCAGAAACGAAAACUCGAAGAGAAGCUCGAGAAAACAAAACAAAAAGAAGCGGGUAAGAAAAAUGAGGAUGGGGAGAAAGAAAGAGAAGCAAUUCGAAAAGCAGAGGAAAAACAUGAGAAAGAGGUGAAGAAGAGAGAAGAGAAAUAUAGGAAGGAAAUGGAGAAGCUGGAGAAAAAGAGGUUAAGAGAGGAACAGAAACAAGAGGAGAAAACUAGGAAGAGGGAAGAGAAAGAAAAAGGUGAGGAGUGGAAAGUGGUGAAUGCAAAUCUUAAAGCAGAAAUCGAGGGGUUGAGGAGAGAGAAGGAGGAUCUGAGGGGGUUAGUGGGUAGUGUACAGAGGGAAAAUACGCUGUUGGUGGGGAGACUGGGGAGGUUGGGAGGACCUGGAGAGGAAAUACUGAGGGAGGUGAGGGAGGAGUUGGAAGGGAAGAAUAUUGUGACUGCGACUGCGAGGAAGAGGGGGGCUAGUAUGGGUAGUGGUAGUCAUCGGAGUGGGUUUAGUGAGGGGAAGGCGAGUUUGAAGGGGGUUGGGAUUAGUGGGGAGAACGAGAGGCCGAUGAGUGUACCGGUGGAACUUGGAAAUGGAAAUGGAAAUGGGGAAAUUCCCGUGAGUAAAUGGAAUGCGGAUGUGUAA